AUGUCCAGGGCGCAGAUCUCAGCUCUGGUGUUUGGCGUCGGAGGGUUUGGAGCUCUUGUCGCGGCCACCGCGUCCAAUGAAUGGAAAGUGACCACCCGAGCAUCAUCGGUGAUAACCGCCACUUGGGUUUACCAGGGUCUGUGGAUGAACUGCGCAGGUAACGCGUUGGGUUCUUUCCAUUGCCGACCACACUUUACUAUCUUCAAAGUAGAAGGUUAUAUCCAGGCAUGUAGAGGACUUAUGAUUGCCGCUGUCAGUCUGGGCUUUUUUGGUUCCAUAUUUGCCCUGUUUGGAAUGAAGUGUACCAAAGUCGGAGGCUCAGAUAAAGCCAAAGCUAAAAUUGCUUGUUUGGCUGGAAUUGUAUUCAUACUGUCAGGGUUGUGCUCAAUGACCGGUUGUUCCCUCUACGCAAACAAAAUCACAACGGAAUUCUUUGAUCCUCUCUAUGUUGAGCAGAAGUAUGAAUUAGGAGCUGCUCUGUUUAUUGGAUGGGCGGGAGCCUCACUCUGCAUAAUUGGUGGUGUCAUAUUUUGCUUUUCAAUAUCUGACAACAACAAAACACCCAGAAUGGGAUACGCAUACAACGGGGCCACAUCUGUCAUGUCUUCUCGGACGAAAUAUCCUGGCGCAGGAGGAGAUCUUAAAACCACAAACCCUUCAAAACAGUUUGAUAAAAACGCUUAUGUCUGA